UUCCUGAAACCCUUUAUAUAUAUUCUCCUCCCUCUUUGAUUGAAUCAAUUUAAACACACUCCCAUUGUCCCAAACUUCAAAUUAUUUGCUCUUUUUUCAGCUUCUUUGUAUGGAACAGCGCCUUAGUUUGGUAGCCACUACUCAUCUUCUGCAGCACACUCUCAGAAGCUUGUGUAUUCAUCAUAAUUCCCACUGGGUUUAUGCUGUUUUUUGGCGGAUCCUUCCUCGAAAUUACCCACCUCCAAAAUGGGAAAAUCAUGGCGCUUUUGAUCGGUCAAGAGGAAAUUGGAGGAAUUGGAUUCUGGUGUGGGAAGAUGGUUUUUGCAAUUUUGCAGCGUCAUCAUCCUCCGAGGAGAACGGCGGCGGUGGCGGCGGCGGUGAAUUUCCGGGAUCAUCGGUGGUGUAUGGGUUGCAACCUUGUCGGGGUCUGCAGCCGGAGCUGUUCUUCAAGAUGUCACAUGAGAUCUACAAUUAUGGAGAAGGAUUGAUCGGGAAAGUGGGUGCUGAUCGGAGCCAUAAAUGGAUUUAUAAAGAACCCAUUGAUAAUCAAGAUGUUAAAUUUUUACCCACAUGGCAUAGUUCUGCUGAUUCUCAUCCUAGAACUUGGGAAGCUCAGUUUCAAUCAGGCAUUAAGACCAUAGCUUUGAUUGCAGUGAAAGAGGGCGUAAUCCAAUUGGGAGCAAUUCAGAAGGUGACAGAAGACUUAAGCUUGGUGCUACAAUUAAGGAAGAAAUUCUGCUACAUAGAAAGCAUCCCAGGUGUUCUACUGCCUCACCCUCUAAGCUCAUCACCUCCGCCAUACAUCGAGGCGGGCACCGCCAUGGCGGCCUACGAGAGCCCGGAGAUGGGGCGGUUCCAAGCGAGUGGCAUCAUGGGUCCAGCAGAUCACCAAUUUGUGUACAACAAUUACAACCAGCAGCAGCAGGUGAGAAUAACACCAUCAAUGAGCAGCCUGGAAGCGCUGCUGGCAAAGCUGCCGUCAGUGGUGCCGCCGGAAGCAGAGGGAGGACGUGGGCAUCAAACUUUGGAGCUUUUGGCAAUGGAAAGAGUUGCAAAAGUUGAGAUUAAUGAUGAAGAUGAUCAGGUGGUCUACACCCAACUCCUCCAUCGCUAUCAUGAUUGUGAUAUAACUACCAGCUCCCAUAAUCAUGGAUUUUAGUUUCUUUUGUCUUUUUGUGUGACAUUGGAUUAUGAUCAUUUGGAUAUUACCACCACUAAUUUCGCAACUAAUCUUUGUUGUUAUUUCUUGA